CACGCUUUAAGGAGUCGCUGUUUUUAUGUGUCCUGGAUGUAGGAUACUCGUUUAAAGAGUGACACGAGCCGAAUGUAAGCAGUUCUCCUGAGCCGACCGACUGGUCUCAUUAUAAACCAUUAAAUAUUUCACUGGAGCUACUUAAAAGUUAUACAGCAGGCUACACAAAAAGCAAACUUGAGCGACCCGCUUGCGUUCGCUUGAAGUAUGAGCUAGGAGCAGUGCCACAUCUCUGUCGGAGCCAGACAUAAAUGUUGCUAAGCGAUAAUGAGCGGUGACGUCAUCACCUGGCUGUGAGCGGACGCUGGGGGGUUUUCUGGUCUGGGCCCGGUUCUACCCCGUCGGGGGCUAGCGAGCGACAGCAUGGAAGGAGCCCCCAGUACCAGCGCGACCCAGGCGGCUCACAGCGUCUGUCUGAGGGACCAGGUAUCCAGGAACACUGGAACCCCACAGCGAAAUGCCGGUGCUCUCAGUGACCCUGGCCCAACCGCCAUCCUGGAGAAAACACUGGAGUUCUUCAGGAUAUGUGACAUCGAAGACAAAGGAUUCAUCACUCGCAGAGAUAUGCAGAGACUGCACGGGAGCCUGUCCCUCAGCGCAGACGAGCUGGAGAACGUCUUCGACACGCUGGACACCGACGCCAACGGCUACCUCACCCUGGAGGAGUUCUCUUCCGGAUUCAGUCACUUCCUGUUUGGGCGGAGAAUCUCGGUGGCGGAGGCGGGGGAGGUGGAGGGGGAGGCGUGCGUGGCGCCAGGGUCCUUGGAGGUGCUGUACCAGAGGCAGUGGGAGGCGCGAUUGGUGAGAGGCGAGGAUGAUGAGGAGAGACACUUCUGCAUGCUGAUGGAGAGCCUGGGCGCCAGCAGCAUCUUUGAGGACCCAGCCCAGGUACGUAGCCUGUGGGCCCAGCUUCGUCGGGAUGAGCCUCACCUCCUGUCCAACUUUGAGGAGUUCCUGGCCAGGGUCACGUUCCAGAUCAACGAGGCCAACCAGGAGAAGAAUGAGAUGGAGAGUGCCCUCAAGAGAAAAUCUGCGACUCAUGACGAUGAGAUUCAGCGUCUGUACGAGGAGAUGGAGCAACAGAUCAAGUCUGAGAAGGACAGGAUCCUUCUGCAGGAUUCUGAGCGCUUCCUGUCACGCAGUCAGGACCUGGAGCAGCAGCUCAACCACAAGGAGCAGGAGCUGGAGCAGCUCUUUCACAAACACAGGAGGUUGGAGCUGCAGUGUCAGGACCUGGAGAGCAAGCAGCUGGAGAGCAGGGUGGAGAACGUGAAGCUCAAACAGACCAAUGAGGAGCUGCAGCGGGAGCUGAGACACACCUGCCAGGAGCUCAGUCUUGCCCAGGAGAGCCUCAGCCGCCUGCAGGAGGAGGCCUCCCACCUGCACCAGGACCGCGAGCUGGAGCUGUAUCGAGUCACAGAGGGGAUGCAGCGAGAGAGGGCGAGCCUUCUAAAACAGCUGGACCUGCUGAGGGAAAUGAAUAAACUCUUGAGAGACGAGCGGGACGUGUGUUACUCAAAAUCCAAGGAUUCGCUCAGAAAGUCCCGGAAGCACAGGCCAGGGUGGCUGGGGCUGCACCACGACGAGAGGCAGCAGUCCUUAAAAAGUGACGAUGAGGACGACCUGGCACUGCUGUCCGCGAUGAAGAGCUUGGGGGGCGUGAACGGGCAGGGGCCGGGCCUCAGCGCCGAGGCUCUGGGUUCGAAAGCGGGCCCCGGUAGAGGUCAGCUCCAGAGGAUCAUCUCCAUCGAGGAGGACCACCUGCCCCACCUGCUGCAGCAGCACUACCAGGCUCAGCUGCAGCAGUGGGGCGAGGAGGAGCAGGAGGAGCAGGAGGAGGAGGGGGAGGAGUGCUCAGAUCUGGAGAUGAGUGACAUUUACCCCUGCCCUCUGACCUCCACUGCUCCCGAAACCCUGCAGGACUCCCCACCCACAGAGCAGAGGGCUCACCCCUCCCCCGGCAAAGCAGACACUCCCCACGAUGACACGGACACGCCCCUCACUGAAACAGACACACCCCACACUGACACAGACACGCCCCUCACUGACACAGACACGCCCUCCUCCCCCAGGGGGCAGCCUGUCGGCAAGGAAACCAUCCGGCAGGUGGAGGGCGUGGCCUCCACUCCAGACCGCCUCUUUAAGAUCGUGCUGGUGGGGAAUUCCAGCGUGGGCAAGACGUCUCUUCUGCGCCGUUUCUGUGACGACUGCUUUUACCCAGGAACCUCUGCAACUGUGGGCAUAGACUACAGUGUGAAGACGCUGAUUGUGGAGAACAGCAAGGUGGCCCUGCAGAUGUGGGACACAGCUGGACAGGAGAGGUAUCGCAGCAUCACCAAGCAGUUCUUCCGGAAAGCAGACGGAGUUGUGGUCAUGUAUGACAUCACCUCCGUGCACACCUUCACCGCCGUUCGCCAGUGGCUGACCAGCAUACAGGAAGGAGCCGGGGAAACCAUUCCCAUCAUGCUGCUGGGCAACAAAACGGACAAAGAGAACGCGAGGGAGGUCCAGGAGAGACUGGGUGACAAAUUAGCCAAGGACUCCCAGCUGAUCUUCUAUGAGUGCAGCGCCCUCUCUGGUCACAAUGUGAUGGAGUCCAUGGUUCACCUGGCCAGGAUUCUGAAGGCGCAGGAGGAUCGGGAGAAGGAGAAGACUGUGCAGUUACUGCAGGAGUCCCCCAGUAACACCAAGAGAUCCUGCUGCUCCCGAUUGUAAAGCUGGGCCUCCCCUGUCCCUCCUGCCCCACAGCCGGCACCUCCUCUGUCCCUCCUGCCCCACGUCCCAAGUUCUCCUCUGCCCCACGGCCUGGUUCUUCUGUGUCCUGUUCGUCUAUCACGGGACCUUUUUAAACAUUUAAAAGGUUCUGUGGGCUCUCCAGAGCUUACUGCAGGGGACAUUGAAGAGAACCUAGUCUUGGCUGUAUGAAUAUUACAUCUGAGCAACAAGAGUGAAUUCCAUUAUUAAUGUUGCCAAUUAAUCUAGUUUCUCAGUGCACUAUUAUAUGUAAAAUAGCAAUUUAUUUUCCUACUUAAAUAGUUUUAAAAAUUAAAUAAUUCCUCUUCAAAGCAAAAACAGAAUGGCUUUACUUGUAAAUCAAAGGGGAGAAAGAUGCUUUGUUUACUUUAAGAUGGUCCUACAGUACAGUUUCUACAAGGGGCUGUCCAUCUCUUCUGAUCUUUGAUUGGUCUUUUACUGCAACUGGAAAAAAUACAGUACAGAAAGACCAUUUUCCUUAUUGAGCUUAAAAUGUCCAGUGAGGUUUCUUUGAAUCUGGUUACCAUGUAAACACACACCAUAACUGAAAACCUUGGAUGAUAAUGUAAAAUAUUGUGUAAUUACAGUUUACUGUAUUUGUGACAGAGGUGGUAGUUACAGUAAUAAGAACUGUGCGUUGUAUGUACAGUAUUGUCCUGAAUAGCUUACCGAAUGCUUUUCUUUUUACAUGGAAGUUAAUGUUUAAUUAUUGUUUGUGAUUUAGAAAGUGUGUCAAAAGCUGUAAUAUUGUAAAUACAAAUAUUUAUUCAGCUUAGUGUA